AGUCGCAUGCAUGCAGCGCAACCUAGUUAUUUAAUUUGUAACUACGUGUGCAAUGAAGCCAAACGAUUCUCUAAACGAUUUGAACAUGGCGUUGAUCUCGAACGCUGACUCGUCUCCUCUUCGUAGGCUUAGCUGCGAUAAAUACAUUUAAAAUGAAUACUUUCUUCUGUAAACUAGUUAGUAUCAUUAUCGUUAUCAACUGAUUAAAAAUUGCAGUGUUUUUCAUACUGCAUGACGUUCUGCAACUUAAAACUUUACAAAAAUAUACCACUUUGACAGACUCUAGGAGGGGAAGGGGCACCGAACAGCCGGCAAAGAAAAUAGACUUCAGGUUAGAAAUUCACAUUCAGGUGGAUUGUAUAAUUAACUUUAAUUUUUGUUGGUCGUUGGAGAUGAGCGAUAAUGGUUGUACCCAUCUGAAUGAUUUUAAAUCUACAAACGGCAUUCAUCCGUACAGAAUUAUAAGCUCGUUUUUCGUCUCGUGUACUACGCCCGAAGCCCGCUUUAAAAAGGCAACUUCGUGUUUUUGCUUUGUUUGCAAGUCUAUUGGACCACGUCUGCAUUCAUGCCUUCACUGCAUAUACUUCGGUUGUUUUGCGGGACACAUUCAGGAACAUGCGAAGUUGGAGAAACAUUAUCUUGCGGUCGACCUGGUGUGGGGCAAGGUGCUGUGCUUCCAGUGUCGUGACUACGUGCACGACCGCGAGUUCACGCGCAUAGACCACGCGAACCGCAUCAAGGAGACGAAGCUGCUGGGGAUCAAGACCCUGUACGAGCUCCUGGAGAGCUGUGGCAAGGAGGUGUUCCUGGCCCAGAAGAACCCCCAGCGCAGGAAGAUCACCGGCAACAGUACAAUAGGUUGUGGCAUGCGCGGGCUCAUCAACCUGGGCAACUCGUGCUUCAUGAGCUGCAUCGUGCAGGCGCUGACGCACACGCCCCUGCUGCGGGACUUCUUCCUGGCCGACCAGCACGUCUGCCAGCUCAAGGAGAGCUCCAACAUGUGCCUGGUGUGCGAGCUCACCCGGCUCUUCCACGAGUUCUACUCGGGCAACACUGCGCCGCUGACACUGGACCGGCUGCUGCACCUGAUCUGGACGCACGCGUGCCACCUGGCGGGCUACGAGCAGCAGGACGCGCACGAGUUCUUCAUGGCGACGCUGGACGUGCUGCACCGGCACUGCAAGGCGCCCGUGUCCGUCGCCACGGGCACCUGCGACUGCAUCGUCGACAAGAUCUUCACCGGCCGCCUGCAGUCCGACGUCGUCUGCCAGGCCUGCAAGGGCGUGUCGACGACGAUAGACCCGUUCUGGGACAUCUCGCUGGACCUGGGGGCGUCGCGGCUGGGGCAGGCGCCGCCGGCGCUGGGCAGCGUGCCCACCACGCUGCUGGACUGCCUGGAGCGCUUCACGCAGGCGGAGCACCUGGGCCCCUCGGCCAAGAUACGCUGCAGCCAGUGCGACGAGUACCGCGAGUCCACCAAGCAGCUCACCAUGAAGAAGCUGCCCGUCGUCGCCAGCUUCCACCUCAAGAGAUUUGAACAUUCCAGUUGUUCGGACAAGAAGAUCUCGACGUUCAUAGCAUUCCCGGAGCAGCUGGACAUGACGCCGUUCAUGUUCUACAGCCGCAACCGCGCCACCUGCCCCAGGGCAGGGGGCGGGGGCAACAGCAACGGCCUGGUGGGGCCGAGCAUAACCUCAACCGGCACGCAGAACAGGUACUCGCUGUUCGCGGUGGUGAACCACAGCGGGUCCCUGGACGCGGGCCACUACACGGCCUUCGUGCGGCAGCAGCCCGACCACUGGUUCAAGUGCGAUGACCACGUCAUCACCCGGGCCAACCUGCGCGAGGUGCUGGACAGCGAGGGGUACCUGCUGUUCUACCACAAGCAGUACCUGGAGUUUGAGUGAGGCUUCUUGGCUCCUAGCUCGGACUAGGGACUGCUCUUUGCCGUGAUUGCGAGGGCGGUGCACUACAGGACUCGUCGCCAUUGGCGAGCAAACUGGAUUAUGGCUACGGCACGCUUCACCACUCUGCACAAGUAUUAUUUUCCUUUUAGGAUUACCGGAGGAAUUAACAAGCGAUUGUUUUUUUUGGCUUGUGUGUGCACGCGUGUGUGUGUGGGUGGUCGGGGAAAUUUUUUCCGUCAUUUAGUGUAUUUUUAUAUUUUAUCCCAGCAGAGGUGAUCAAAACAAUGAUUGUGAUUCCCGCGCACGUUGAAGCAAUAGGAACUUAUUUGCUGUGAUCCAGUGUCAGUAUUAGAAUGCUGCAUCCGCGCACUUGCGGAUUGUGUUCUUGUAAUUAACUGAUUUUAGAAACACAUUUACUUAUUGCGGCAUGCGUGAGAGGUCUGUAGUGUAGUUGUCUCAUGUUCGGUUCCGACGAAUGGCUCAAAGGUCAGCUACGCUCUGUAGAAUGUUUUUCUCAGUAUCGUAAAACAAGAGGUAUUGUGAUUUAUUUUUUCAGCGGUUUUUUUUAAAUGUAAUCUCUGUGCUUAUGUUGUCAUUAAUGUGUUGGUAAGAGAUCAGGCUGUGUACCAUCAUUUUGUUUUUCUGCCUUUAAUUAAAUUGUUGUGAAUGUUGGUAUAAGUUAUCAUUAGUUUUGUCAGUGUAUAAGUAUGGAUCAUUCAUCUUUUUAUUUUCUUUGCAGAUUAGUUAAAUAUUUUUUUUUCUGUAUUUUAUAUUUUCACAGUGAUCACAGGAUUAAGUUUUAGUUAAUAAUGAUGGUCUGUCGAACAAACGCUUAUCAAUGUUCUGAUCUGUUGUAACCAAGUAUGUAUUUAUGUUGAUAUGUGUGUGGUGUUUUUAACAUAUUGGUUGUGCUCCAUCAUUGACAUUGGAUGCAUUUACUGUGGGUGCUUUUUUUAAUAAACUGGACAGGUUAUUUUUCCUCCUUUUAAUUAAAAAUCAAAGUUUUUUAUAUGUAUUUUUAUGUGUUGCUGUUGACUACACAAACUUUAUACUUCAAUUGUGUUAUUAAAAUGUGAUCAGUGGAUCUUGUGUGCAAAGUUCUAGUGAUGCCCAGGUGCAAAUAAGGUUGUUAAAUGUUCGGCAUCAUUAUCAUAUCUUUCUGUCCAGUGUGAAAAUUGUUGAUAUAGUUCCUUGCGAAAUAAUUUGGUAGAUGUGUGUUACAUACUGUUAUAGUUCCUUGCGAAAUAAUUUGGUAGAUGUGUGUUACAUACUGUUAAUAUUGAUACUUAAAUUAUUUUUUGUGAACAUAAAUACUGUGUGAAAGUUUGUUGUGUUGUUGGUUUUUUAGAUCACGAAAUACUUAAAAUGCUGAAUGAGCCAGAAUCAAUUUCAGUUUUAGUAAUCGGUGAUUGGAAUCAAGUGAAAAUUUGUGUAAAUAUGGAGAGUAUUUUUUUAGUUGAAUGUUUUGUAACGAAUGCAUUUGCGUUUUGUAGUUUACAGUAAAGUUAACUUUGCUAUGUCACGUGGUGCUUUCUUUUCUCAAAAUGUUGAGAAAUAUUCGCAAGUCCGAAAGUGGAUUAUUACUUAAAGUAAUUUCUUGAGGAAAUAUAAUUAUUUAUCAGUUUAUUGUUCUAAAUAGAUGACCUUUCAGAUAUUACAAACACUAUGUGUCGAACUGUAACUUGCAUUGUUUCGAAAUACUCCCUACAAUAUUUGUGUGUAUACGGAAUUUACAUUAUCGGUGGCUUCCACGUAAAACGUAGUGAAAGUUUAAAACAAAACAAACAAAAAAAAACUGCCUUUUGUAGCAUGGUGUAACAGUUGUGUAACAUGCUCGGUUGAAGUUGGAUGGGUGUGCAUUAUGUUUAAAACUGUACCGAACGGACAAAGCGUCACGUUCCUGGACUGUAAUUAAAGACUUCUUGAACUACA